AUGAGAUGCACAUCACAUCCUGACCAGUUCGAGAGGAGACACAACGGGCCCCGCGACCACGAGGAGAAGGACAUGCUCACCACCGUCGGAGCAUCCUCGAUGCAGCAGCUCAUUGAGGAGACGAUCCCCAGCAGCAUCCGCAACCGCCCGCCCCUCAAGGUCGGAGAGGCCAUGACGGAGACCGACGCUACCCUGAAGUUGUUCAACAUGGUGUCCAAGAACAAGCUCAAGAAGUCGUACAUCGGUAUGGGCUACUACAACACCAUCACCCCCCCUCCCAUCCUCAGGAAUAUCAUCCAGAACCCUGGGUGGUACACUCCUUACACCCCGUACCAAGCCGAGAUUUCCCAGGGUCGUAUGGAGUCGUUGGUCAACUACCAGACCAUGAUCGCUGACAUCACGGCCAUGGAUAUUGGACAGGCCUCCCUCCUUGAUGAGGCCACUGCUGCUGCUGAGGCCAUGGCUAUGUGCCAGACUAUCUGCAAGUCCAAGAGGAAGAAGAUGUUCAUCUCGGAUCUCUGCAACCCGCAGACCAUCGCCGUCUGCCAGACUCGUGCUGAGCCGAUGGACAUCGAAGUCAUCGUCGGCAAGGUUGAGGAUGCCAAGAUGGACUCGUCCUUGAUGGGCGUCCUCCUCCCCUACCCUGCUACCGACGGAACGAUCCAUGACUACAGCAGCGUCAUCAAGCAAGCGAAUGACAACAAAGUCACCGUCGUGAUGGUCUCUGAUCUCCUGGCGUUGACCAUGUUGAAGCCCCCCGGUGAGAUCGGAGCUGACAUCGUAGUCGGCAACACUCAGCGUUUUGGUGUCCCCCUUGGGUAUGGAGGACCUCAUGCCGCCUUCCUUACCUGCAAGGAUGCGCACAAGCGUGCAGUGCCUGGCCGCAUCAUCGGGUUGUCUCGCGAUGCUGCCGGAAACCCUGCCUACCGUCUCGCCCUCCAGGCGCGCGAGCAGCACAUUCGCCGAGAGAAGGCCAACUCCAACAUUUGCACCGCGCAGGCACUUCUGGCGAACACUGCUUCUUUCUACGCCGUCUACCAUGGACCCGAGGGCCUCAAGAAGAUUGCUGCUCGCGUGAAUGGUCUCGCGAAGACUCUUGCCUUGGGCCUGAAGCAAUCUGGCGUCAAGGUGUGCGAUCUUCCCUUCUUCGACACCGUCAAGAUUGAAGGAGUUGAUGCCCAGGCUGUCUGCAAGAAGGCCGUCGAUGCUGGCAUGAACUUCCGCCAGCUUGACAAGCAGUCUGUCACCAUCUCCCUUGACGAGACCACCAACCCAAGCGAUGUUGAUGCGAUCCUCGCUGUAUUCGGAGCCAACAAGUCAAGCGCCGAGAAGCUCUCAGAGCAGGUCACUCCCGGAUUCGAUGGAGCUUUGACUCGCCAGUCGAAGUUCAUGACUGCUGAAGUGUUCAACAAGUACCAGACCGAGACGGAGCUCAUGCGCUACAUGUUCCACCUGCAGUCCAAGGAUCUUGGCCUCAACACCUCUAUGAUCCCUCUUGGCUCCUGCACCAUGAAGCUCAACUCCGCCUCUGAGAUGGUCCCCGUGACCUGGCCCGAGAUCAACUCUAUCCAUCCCUUCGUGCCCGUCGAUCAGGUCCAGGGAUACCACGAGUUUUUGGACGAGCUCAACAAGUGGCUCAUGGACAUUACCGGCUUCGAUGCCAUCUCCCAGCAGCCCAACGCUGGAGCUGCUGGCGAGUACGCAGGGCUGAUGGCGAUCCGUCAGUACCACAAGCACCAUGGCAACACCAACCGCAACAUCUGCCUCAUCCCCCGUGCUGCUCACGGAACCAACCCCGCCACCGCUGCCAUGUGCGGCAUGGACGUCGUUCCCAUCGAGUGCGACGACAUGGGCAACACGGACAUGAACGACCUCAAGGAGAAGAUUGAGCUGCACAAGGCCAACCUCGGAGCCCUCAUGAUCACCUACCCCUCCACCCACGGAGUGUUUGAGGACACCGUUGUAGAGAUCUGCAAGAUGGUCCACGACGCCGGCGGCCUGGUCUACAUGGACGGCGCCAACAUGAAUGCGCAAGUUGGCUUCUGCUCUCCUGGUCACAUCGGAGCUGACGUCUGCCACUUGAACCUGCACAAGACCUUCUGCAUUCCUCACGGGGGUGGAGGACCAGGCAUGGGCCCCAUCGGAGUGAACAAGAAGCUCGCUCCCUUCCUUCCCAACCACCCGAUGGGCGUCACUGGUGGCGAGCAUGGCAUCGGCGCGAUCUCUGCUGCUCCCUGGGGCUCCGCAUCCAUCCUCCCGAUCUCCUGGAUGUACAUCCAGAUGAUGGGUAGCCGCGGCCUCGAGAGGGCGACGGAGCUGGCGAUCUUGAACGCCAACUACAUGAAGGAUCGCCUCAAGAACGAGUUCGAGAUCCUCUUCACGGGCAAGAAUGGACGCGUUGCCCACGAGUUCAUCAUCGAUCUUCGUCCCUUCAAGGCCUCGUGCGGCAUCGACGCCGUCGACAUCGCCAAGAGGUUGUGCGACUACUCCCUCCACGCCCCCACCAUGUCCUGGCCUGUUGCUGGUACUCUCAUGGUGGAGCCAACUGAGUCCGAGAGCAAGUUCGAGAUCGACAGGUUCUGCGACGCCAUGCUGGCCAUCCGCGAGGAGAUCAGGGAGGUGGAGCAGGGCAAGGCAGACCCUGAGAACAACGUGCUCAAGAACGCUCCCCACACCAUGGCUGAAGUUCUCGGAGACAAGUGGGAUCAUCCUUAUAGCCGCGACAAGGCUGCCUAUCCUGUGCCAGCCCUAAGGGAGCGCAAGUUCUGGCCGUCGAUCAAGCGCAUUGACGAUGUUUACGGGGACAAGAAUCUGGUGCUGCGGCUCGCCAAGACUGACCAGGCCAAGGCUGCCAACUGAACGGGGUGUAACAAGUUAUUCUAUCUUAACUGUUGAUAAUAAACGACUCGACUGCGGUA